AUGGCGGCCUUGAGAACCCCCAACUCCGGGAGCCGCUACGGGCUGUUUUGUGUUACCGGAAUUUUCGGGCUCGUUGGGUUCGACAAGCCAGUCGCUGUGUCCAUCGUCGUCGGUGGCACCAACUUUGUCUUUUCGCUGGUCAACCUGUUCAUCAUAGAUAAACUCGGCCGACGUCGCAUUCUCCUCGUCACGGUCGCCGGAAUGUCCAUCAGCAUGGUUGUUGCCGCCAUCGCCUUCCACUGGAUCCCAGUCUCACCCGAUCUCACGCUUCAGACCGCCUCAGUAAACUGGGCCGGCAUCCUCGUCCUCGUGACUAUCAUCAUCUACGUCGCCUGCUUCGCCGGCGGUGUCGCCACCAUCGCCUGGGUCGGCACUGAGCUCCUGCCCCUCGAGGUCCGUGCCCUCGGCACCAUGAUGAACACGGUUACUUGCUGGGGCUGCAAUAUUAUCAUCGCAUCUACAUUCCUGUCCAUGAUGAAGGGUAUGACGCCUAGCGGUGCGUUUGGUUUCUACGCGGCAAUCUGCUUCUUUGGAUGGGUGUUUGUCGUCUUCUGUUAUCCCGAGGCCAACGGCUUGCCGCUCGAGGAGGUCAGGCAGAUCUUCUCUACCGGGUUUGGCGUCAAGAAGGCGAAUGAGUUGCAAAGACUCCGCAAGAUGGGGGCGGGCUCGGCUUAA